AUUUGGGCUGAGACGACGCGAAAAACUUCAAUCUGAAAUUGAAUAGAAGGAAAAUUUUGCAAAAACCCUCGACUUUUGCACUCAAGCCCCGACUCUCACUCGAGUUUUAAAAUAUAUUUUUUAAUUUAAAUUUUCCGUUAAAAAAACAAGCGAAUCUUUAACCAAGAUGCCGAAGCCAAUUGCUAGCCAGGAGGAUGAGGAUCCAACCCCAUACCUGUUCGUGUCUUUGGAACAAAGACGUAUCGAUCAAUCGAAACCUUAUGACUCCAAGAAGAAUUGCUGGGUGCCCGAUGAGAAGGAGGGUUAUCUUCUUGGUGAAAUUAAGGCCACCAAGGGUGACAUUGUCUCCGUGGGCCUGCCCGGCGGUGAGACGAAAGACUUCAAGAAAGAUCAGCUCCAACAAGUCAAUCCUCCAAAAUACGAAAAAGCUGAGGAUAUGUCCAACUUGACAUAUCUGAACGACGCCUCUGUGCUCCAUAACUUGAGACAGAGAUACUACAACAAGCUUAUCUACUACUCUUCGCGUCAUGUCAGCGUUGGGAGAGACAAGUUAGUGUACAUACACAUACAACCAGACGACACAGUGCCUGCCACCAACCAAGAGUACACACACUCGCUGGCAGGUGAGCUGCACCGAACUCGUGCGCAAGUAGGCAUGCGACUCAUGAGCGCGUACAGAAAUUUGCACGCCGUCACAUAA